AUGGCAUCACUUUUGCCAUUUGUCCAGACCCGUAGCAAUACGGUGAACUUCUUUAUGAGAAGAUCUGGUCCAGAACUGUGGAAAACAUUAACCUCCGUUUCAAAAUCUGGUCAGAAGAAAGGACGUCGUAACACAAGACAACCAGUUAGACCUCUCAAUCGAUUUUAUCGAAUUGGAUCCAGUCCAAUGAAAAUCGAAUUUGCUGGCCUGAAUGCUCCAAUCAGAAUGAGAGAGACAGAAAAUCAAAAUUUGAUGUCAAUUGCUGAACAGACGGAAGAUGAAAUUCGAGAUUCAAUGGGUGGAACCAAGAAAAUUCUCGAAGAACGAGAUACUGGAAAAAAGAAGCGCAACCGUGAAAAACUGCAUCCGAUGGAGCGUGGAUUCUCUGGAACACAACUUGUCGGACAGAAACUUGGUGCACCACCACCACUCGAUGGUGUGAAUUUCGAUGAUUUUGAAACUUAUUGUUUAGAGGUUAAGCGUACUUCUAACAUGACAAAUGUAUUUGGAAGAGUUCACACAAUGUCAGCACUAGUUGUUACUGGAAAUGGACGAGGACUUGCUGGAUAUGCUGUUGGAAAAGCACCAAUUCAUCGUACCACUACAGCUAUCAUUAAUGGAAUGGGAAUGGCAUCCAGAAAGCUAUUCCACGUUGAACUUCAUGAAGGACGUACGAUUUAUCAGGACUUUUAUGCUGAAUGCCGUAACACUCGAGUAUUUGCACAACGUCGCCCACGUGGAUUCGGUCUUACAUGCCAUCCCAGACUGAUCAAAAUUUGUGAGGCUAUCGGUAUCAAGGAUAUUUACGUGAAAGUUGAAGGAUCCACGAAAAACUAUUUGGCAUUGACUCAUGCAUUUGUCACUGGACUCCUCAACCAAGAGACUCAUCAACAACUGGCCGAACGAAAAGGUCUUCAUGUCGUUGAAAUGUCCCCAUCUCGUCAUUUCUUACCCCAAAUUGUGGCGUCACCGAUUUCCACUGAACUCAAGACCGAGGAAACUUUAGAAGCACUUGAUCGCCUGAAUCUUGAUGACUUCUAUGGUGAAGGACGGUAUCCAUUAAGAAAGCCGAAAUCUCUUCCAUUCUUUUCCAACCUCGAAGGUCAUUUGGAUGCCAGAUGGAGGAAACAUCCUUUCAGAAAUCAGGAAUCGACUAUGAUUCGCCUGAUUGCCGAUAACAUGGUUCCACGUUGGACUCGUGAUGCUCGUGCUGCGUGGGCGGAUCAAAGAAAUGAACGAAUGACAACGGGUGUCGAACCAAUGCCACUCGGUAUCGGACUCUCGCAUGUGGUUCCCAAAAAGGAUGACUAGGCUAUUCAAUUACUGUUUCUUUUUCUCGUUUUCUUUAUUCAGUAGCUCUAGAAGGAAGUCUUUAAAUUGUUUUCCAGGUUUGCUUUCUUUGUUCGUUUUGUUAUUCUUUAUAAUUUUUUCUCAUCGAUAAAAAUUUUCUGAGACCUAUAUCGCUACAAAAUA